AUGUCCAAGUCUUCAACAGCAUCAAAAAUGUCAUCCCAAGAGGAAAUAUUGCGAGAUGGGCGGUUUAGUUGCAUUGCCAGGGAUCCCAGAUUUUGGGAGAUGCCAGAAAAAGAACGUAAAGUCAAGAUUGACAAACGAUUCCGGGCUAUGUUUUAUGACCAAAAGUUUAAGCUGAAAUGUACAGUGGAUAAAAGAGGUCGCCCCGUUAGCUAUACUUCUACAGAGAAUCUCAGGAAACUUUAUGCUCUGUCAGAAUCUGACUCUGAUCUUUCAGAAAAUGAUAGCAAGGAGCAUACUGAAAAGAAGAAAAAGAAAAAAAAAGCUAAACCUAAAGGAGAAGCAGAUUCUGCAAAACUACUUGUUGAUGGUCUCUCGAGGGAGAAGAGCAAAAUAAACAAAGCAGGGGUGGACCAAACAUGCCAAGCAGCGACAAAACUAGAUGACCUUAAAAAUGAAGGACAGAAUAUUGCAUCUAACUUCAACUUGAAAGAGGACUCCAAGAAAACUGCAGCAGAAAUUGAUCGCUCUCAGGAAAACAAGAGCCUUUUACAUGAAGGGGAAAAUGAGCAAGGAGAUGUGCCGGGAGGAAGAUCAAUUUUUAUUCAAAACAAGCAAAAGUCUUCACAACCAGGGGGUACUAAAUCAGUUAAAGCUCCCAGGAGGGACACUUCCUUAGGAGGAAAAAUAAAACAAUCAGUGGCUGAAUGCUCAGACACCCGUGAUCAACGUGACAUCGUUAAAAGCCAAUUAGAAGAAGAAAGUUGUGCGAACGAUGAUUCUGAGCGUGCAGAGUCAGAAGAAGAGGAGUCAGAAGAUGAUGAGGAAACGGGUGAGGAUGAGGAGUCAGAAGAUGAUGGGGAAACAGGUGAAGAAGACAGCGAUUCAGAAGAUGAUGAAGAAAGCGAUACUGGUCCUGAUUUAGCUAGAGGUAUAGGGAAUAUUGAAACGAGCUCAGAGGAUGAUGAGGAUUUAAAUGAACUGUUUCCAAAGGAGCCAGAGAUAGAGCAUUCAUGGCGUGAGCUAGAUAAAGAUGCCCCCUGUGCAGAUGAGAUUACAAGUAGAUUGGCAGUUUGUAAUAUGGAUUGGGAUAGGUUGAAGGCUAAGGAUUUGCUGGCUCUGUUUAAUUCUUUCACACCCAAAGGAGGAACAGUAUUUUCUGUGAAGAUUUAUCCUUCCGAGUUUGGAAAAGAGAGAUUGAAAGAGGAGGAACAAAAAGGACCCAUGGAACUGUUUGAUCUUCCAGAGAAUACCACAGAGAACGAUGGGCUCUACAGAGAAAAACUGCGGGAGUACCAAUUUAAGCGACUGAAAUACUUCUAUGCAGUUGUAGAAUGUGAUUCUCCUGAAACAGCCAAUAAAAUUUAUGAGGAAUGUGAUGGACUGGAAUUUGAAAGUAGCUGUUCUUUCAUAGACCUGAGAUUUAUUCCAGAUAACGUUACAUUUGAUGACAAGCCAAAAGACGUCGCCUCAGAAGUGAACGUAGCUGCAUAUAAACCAAAGUACUUCACAUCUGCUGCUAUGGGAACAUCAAAGGUAGAUAUCACGUGGGAUGAGACAGAUCAUGAACGAGUAACGUCACUUAGCAGAACUUUUAAUAAAGAGGAACUUCUGGACAUGGAUUUUCAGGCUUACUUGGCUUCAUCUAGUGAAGAAGAGGAAGACCAGCAGGAAG